AUGGAGCACUCCAGCUCAUCCACACUUCCACGGAAGAAGGCCAAGACUGGAGUGAAGAAGACUGGGGUAAAGAAGACCACUGGUAAGAAAAAGACCACUUCGUCUACUAGUGCAGUUCACCUUGCCGCUCCUUCUCAUCCUUACCCCGUGCAAACCCAGUAUGCACCGGCAUAUGCGCCAGUUCCACAAACACAAACGGUCGUUCUUGAGAAACCAACAGGAGGUAAUCGAAGAGGAAAAUACUCGUCUUGUCUACUCGUGUUCCUAGCCGUUAUUUCCUAUCUGGUGGCUAUCGUUUUGGGUCUUUAUAUCGUGACUAGCUGCGUCUCGACAACGGCGAAUGUAAACGACAUCUACCUCGCCGAACUCUCAACAAACUCUACAUCCGCUAUCUCACUUCGUGUAGGCUACUUUGGAGGAUGUGUAUCGGUCACCGAAGGAGCUGAUGCAUACUCUCCCGAUAGCAAUUCCACACAAACUUCCACCAACUGCGUCCCGAACAUGCGCCAGAAGGAUCUGGAGGAACUAAGCGAAGACCUUUGGGAGUCUCUACACCUCGACUCGACUAGUGUCCAAGCCGACGUUCAGUCUUUCCUAAACACCACCCUCCCACAAGCCAAACACCUCCAAGAGGAUGUCUUCUUCUUUGAACCUCCCCUUAUCCAUAUCCUCCUGUUUUUCAUCUCGGGAAUUAUGCUUCUCGUUGCUCGCACAGGCACAUCCAGGAAGAAGUCAUACAAGGCAAUGAUGGUGAUAGCACUCACUUUGAGUGCCUUCGCGCUUGCCCUCGCACUGGUGACCAUGCUCGGUUCUCUGCAGGGCAUGAAUGCGUUGCUUAACAGCUCUUCAUCUGGGCAGCAACGAGACCUUGGUGAUUCCUUGUAUAUAUCCCGUGAUAAAGGUAUCCUGGGGCUCCAGGGGGCUCUUGUUGGUAUUGUCGUCGUAUUCUAUGUCUCGAUGGGCGUGCUCUUUGUGCAGAGGACAGAAGAGGGAGGGAUUGGGUAUAUAGUCCAGGCCUUCCAGACUGCAGGGAGACCGUUGAAGAAUAAGUGGGGAAGACGAAGAUACUAG